ACUCACACAAACACACAGAGCCAUUGAGUGGAGGAGGAACUUUCUACCUGAAGCAUCAUGGGCAUCAUCAUCUCUCAGAUCUUCUCCAGGUUCACCUCCAGGACACCGGUCAGGAUUCUAAUGGUGGGUCUGGAUGCAGCAGGUAAAACCACUCUGCUGUACAGACUGAAGUUGGCCGAGGUCGUCACCACCAUCCCAACCAUUGGUUUUAAUGUGGAGACAGUGGAGUAUAAGAACGUCAGUUUUACAGUUUGGGAUGUAGGUGGUCAGUCUAUCAUCAGACCUCUGUGGAGACACUACUACACUAACACACAGGGUUUGAUAUUUGUGGUCGACAGCAACGACCCCGAGAGGAUUAAAGAGGCUGCAGAUGAGCUGCAGAGGAUGUUGGAGGAGGACGAGCUAAGAGGCGUGGCCCUGCUGGUUUUAGCCAACAAACAGGAUUUGCCCAGAGCCAUGUCCGUCAGUGACAUCACUGCGGCCCUGAGCCUAUCAGGGAUCUCACAGCCGUGGGUCGUCCAGGCGUCCUGUGCCGUCAGUGGUGCCGGUCUGGUCCAGGGUCUGGACUGGCUCUCCAACCAGGUCCUCAAACAGUAGGAGCUGACGUGAAGCUGCAGUCUUCAAACGCACCAGGCUGUGAACUGAGGGGGAAUCCAGGAGAAUCACCAAUGAUCCCUGUGGACUUGACUUCUUUCAUCCAGCUCAGUAAAAAGACAUUUGACAGCUUUGGUGUCAGAGCAACACGUUGAAACUGGGGAAUCCUAUUUAUUGACCCGUUCCUGAUGCAGGUAAUUUGUUGUUGCACAAACAGCUUCAUCAUCGCAAACUGCUGCUGAUCUGCAGCUACAGGCAUAUAAAGAGAAAAUAUUCCUACAUGUCCUGUUUACCUUAUAAUUAUUAUAUUUUUAUACAGAAUUAGUGAACAGAGCUUUGAGCUGACAUCUCUGCCAUCAGAGAGGAAAGUGGAGAGAAUAGUCAGUUAAUGCCAAAUUACACAAACGUCACAAUAAUUUAUUUAAAAAAUGACACAACAGCACUGAAGUCAAAGGUUUAAUUAAAUUUUUCUUCAGUUGCUAAUAUGGAGCGAACAAAGAUGGCAGAAGUUUAUGGUGUGAAAAUGAUUCUAAUAUUUCCAUGUUGCUGCAAAAAUAUUGCGUAGAGACACCAGCUGUCAGAAAAUAACGUCUGCUCGACUAAUGUGGACAUGAGUUGUGAUUUGUAUUAUUUCCAUCUGUCAUUGUUUCUUUUGUAAAAAAACGAUUCACAUUAUUUUGUGCAUCUGCUGAUCCUGCAAUUCUUUCUUAAGGACCCCUGAAGGAUUUAAAACAGGCGGGUCAAUUUUACAGGGAAACCAAAUCAAGCUGCACUGAGCAUCUUUACCUUUUCAUCUGUUACGGGAUUAUUUUACAUUUAUAUAAUUUCUGUCAUAUGAAAUAAACAUUGUUACAAAGUAAUUAUUUAUAAAAAUCGAACGUGGAAACUACUAUUGUAGCUUUUAAGUCAUUAACCUGAUGUUUGGUUUCUUCAGCUCAGACGUUUCUAUGACUCUGUUAUAUUUCUAUUUUUUCACACAUCAGACAGUAUAAAAAAUGUAUUUGUUCAUAUUUGUCUGAUUAAAGUUUUUAUUGUG